CGGAGGACCCCUGACACUCGACACCCCAAGACGAUCGAGCUGAUGGCGUCCUCGACCCCUUCUUCGUCCGCAGCCUCCUCGAACGCAGGAGCAGAUCCCAAUACCACCAACCUGCGCCCCACAACCUAUGACACCUGGUGCGGAGUGGCCCACGGAUGCACCCGGAAGCUGGGGCUGAAGAUCUGUGGCUUCUUGCAGAGAACCAACAGCCUGGAAGAGAAGAGUCGCCUUGUGAGUGCCUUCAAAGAGAGGCAGUCCUCCAAGAACCUGCUUUCCUGUGAAAACAGUGACCGUGAUGCUCGCUUCCGGCGCACAGAGACCGACUUCUCCAACCUGUUUGCUCGAGACCUGCUUCCAGCUAAGAAUGGGGAAGAGCAGACUGUGCAGUUCCUACUGGAAGUGGUAGACAUACUCCUCAACUAUGUUCGCAAGACGUUCGAUCGUUCCACCAAGGUGCUGGACUUCCACCACCCACACCAGUUGCUGGAAGGCAUGGAGGGUUUUAACUUGGAACUCUCUGACCACCCGGAAUCCCUGGAGCAGAUCCUGGUUGACUGCAGAGACACCCUUAAGUAUGGGGUUCGCACAGGUCAUCCUCGAUUUUUCAACCAGCUCUCCACUGGAUUGGAUAUCAUUGGCUUAGCUGGUGAAUGGUUGACAUCAACUGCCAAUACCAAUAUGUUUACAUAUGAAAUUGCACCAGUGUUUGUCCUCAUGGAGCAAAUAACACUUAAGAAGAUGAGAGAGAUAAUUGGAUGGUCAAAUAAAGAUGGUGAUGGGAUAUUUUCUCCUGGGGGAGCCAUAUCCAACAUGUACAGCAUCAUGGCUGCUCGCUACAAGUACUUCCCGGAAGUUAAGACAAAGGGCAUGGCAGCUGUGCCCAAACUGGUUCUCUUCACCUCAGAACACAGUCACUAUUCCAUAAAGAAAGCUGGGGCUGCGCUUGGCUUUGGAACCGACAAUGUGAUUUUGAUAAAGUGCAAUGAAAGGGGGAAGAUAAUUCCAGCUGAUUUAGAGGCAAAAAUUCUUGAAGCCAAGCAAAAGGGAUAUGUUCCUUUAUAUGUCAAUGCAACAGCCGGCACCACUGUUUAUGGAGCCUUUGAUCCAAUUCAGGAGAUUGCCGAUAUCUGUGAGAAAUACAACCUUUGGCUGCAUGUUGAUGCUGCCUGGGGUGGUGGACUGCUCAUGUCCAGGAAGCACCGCCAUAAACUGAGCGGCAUAGAAAGGGCCAACUCAGUCACCUGGAACCCUCACAAGAUGAUGGGGGUUCUGCUACAGUGCUCUGCCAUUCUGGUCAAGGAAAAGGGGAUCCUGCAAGGAUGCAACCAGAUGUGUGCAGGGUACCUCUUCCAGCCAGACAAGCAGUACGACGUCUCCUAUGAUACUGGGGACAAGGCAAUUCAGUGUGGCCGCCAUGUGGACAUCUUCAAGUUCUGGCUCAUGUGGAAAGCAAAGGGCACUGUGGGAUUUGAAAAUCAGAUCAACAAAUGUCUAGAGCUGGCUGAAUAUCUCUAUGCCAAGAUUAAAAACAGAGAAGAAUUUGAGAUGGUUUUCGAUGGUGAGCCUGAACACACAAACGUCUGUUUCUGGUACAUUCCACAAAGCCUCAGAGGUGUUCCAGAUAGCCCUGAGCGACGGGAAAAACUACACAGGGUGGCUCCAAAGAUCAAAGCUCUGAUGAUGGAAUCAGGCACCACUAUGGUUGGCUACCAGCCUCAGGGAGACAAGGCCAACUUCUUUCGGAUGGUCAUCUCAAACCCAGCCGCCACUCAGUCUGACAUCGACUUCCUCAUUGAAGAGAUAGAAAGACUGGGCCAGGAUCUGUAA